CGAAGAUGGCGGAUUCAGUGGCAGCUGGGCUCGGAGAAGAAAAAGACACUGAAACGGAGGACAAGGAGAGGGAGAAAUUGACGGGGAAGAGCAAGAUAAAGGCAGAGAAGAACAGCAGCCCUUCAGAAGUUACGGAAACUCUGGGUUUUUAUGAGAGAAACGCUGGAAAGAAGGGUAAACAGAGCAGUCUCUCAGAUCUGUCGCUUUUCCGGUUCAUUGGGACGGAGCUGACGAGGGGCUACUUCCUGGAACACAACGAGGCCAAGUACACAGAGCGGAGAGAGAGGGUGUACACCUGCCUGCGCAUCCCUCGAGAACUGGAGAAGCUGAUGAUAUUCGGGUUCUUCCUGUGCCUGGAUGCCUUCCUGUACGUGUUCACCCUGCUGCCCCUGCGGGUCCUGCUGGCCCUCGUCAGACUGCUGACCCUGCCCUGCUGCGGCCUCAGGGCAAAUAUCUGCCCCUUCUGCAAAAGGAGCAGUGGCUCGCGGCUCCUGCAGCCAGCCCAGGUGUGUGACCUGUUGAAGGGUUUCAUCAUGAUCCUGUGCUACUCCAUGAUGCACUAUGUGGAUUACUCCAUGAUGUACCACCUGAUCCGGGGCCAGUCUGUCAUCAAGCUCUACAUCAUCUACAACAUGCUGGAGGUUGCGGAUAGGCUGUUCUCCUCUUUUGGGCAAGACAUCCUGGAUGCGUUGUACUGGACGGCCACAGAGCCCAAGAAGAAGAAACGAGCCCAUAUAGGAGUCAUCCCCCACUUCCUCAUGGCAGUGCUGUAUGUGUUUCUCCACGCCAUUCUCAUCAUGGUCCAGGCAACAACCCUCAACGUGGCCUUCAACUCUCACAACAAGUCCCUGCUCACCAUCAUGAUGUCUAACAAUUUUGUGGAGAUCAAAGGAAGCGUGUUUAAGAAGUUUGAGAAGAAUAAUCUGUUUCAGAUGUCCAACAGCGAUAUCAAAGAGCGAUUCACCAACUACGUUCUUCUGCUGAUCGUGUGUCUGCGGAACAUGGAGCAGUUCUCCUGGAACCCAGACCACCUCUGGGUCCUGUUUCCUGACGUGUGCAUGGUUAUUGCCUCUGAGAUCGCCGUUGACAUCGUAAAACACGCUUUCAUCACAAAAUUCAAUGACAUCACAGCAGACGUAUACAGUGAAUAUAGAGCCAGCCUGGCGUUCGACCUUGUCAGCAGCCGGCAAAAGAACGCUUAUACAGACUACAGUGACUCUGUCUCGAGGAGAAUGGGCUUCAUCCCCCUUCCUCUGGCUCUGCUGCUGAUCCGGGUGGUGACGAGCUCAGUCAGGAUACAGGGCUCGCUAGUCCUUGUCUGUCUACUGCUCUUCUACCUGGGGAUGAUAACACUCAAAGUCUUGAACAGCAUCGUCCUGCUGGGAAAGUCUUGUUUAUAUGUUAAAGAGGCCAACAUGGAGGAGAAGCUGUUCCAAACCCCUCCCACUGCAGCCCCAGGGAGGGCCUCCAGCAAGACCAACAGGAGCAGAUCCACCGCUCCCCCAGGGCCGGGGGGGCUUGUCUCCCCGCUGCUUACUGCGACAGACCCGUGUGCAGCUGCCUGCCCCAAACCCUCCUCCCUGCUCCCCCCACCCCCCGCUGGCUUCCUGUUCCCCCAAACCCCAGGAAAUCCUGCAGAGGAGGGUGUGUCCCCGUCCAUCACCAGCCAGCCCACCCAUCAGGCGGAGAGCCCUGCCUCCAGCCCGGACCCCAGCCCCGGCCCCGCCCCUGGGCUGCCCCCCAGCAGCUCCGACCAGUUCCUGACCACGCCCGACGACAGCGAGGAGAAGGACCUCCCCCCGGACGGGGCCCAGCUCAAACACCGUGCCCCCAAAAAGGACCUGCUGGAGAUUGACCGCUUCACGAUAUGUGGGAACCGCAUAGACUAACCCCUGCCCGUCACCGGGGACACAGCAGGACCGCAGGACUCACAAACAGAGCGGGGCCGAGUAUUUAUUGAACUGCACAGUGUAAUUUAUUUUUGACUAGAAGAAUGAAAUGUAGCUUCUGCUUUUGCCUAAAGUGGACAUCUACUGGGAGGGGCCUGGUGGAAGAACAACGCCCAUUCCCUCAACUCUAAACCCGGCCCUCUCCCUCUAAACUCCGCCCUCUGACCCCGCCCCUCUCCCCCUAACGGCAUUUCCUGGAUGUUGCCUCUGGGAUGAACAAAUGGAGCGCCCCACCCGGAUCAGCCCUUUCAAGGCCUUCAUUGCAGAACGCUGUGCCUAGAACACUUCAGAGGAGCUGACCUGCAGUUUUUAUUAGAGAACUAUGUAGUGCCACAGACGCUGAGAGAACAUCAACUCACUCUCCCCCAAUACAGUGACACAAACACUGAAGGAACAUCAACUCACCCUACCCAAAUACAGUGACACAAACACUGAAGGAGCAUCAACUCACCCUCCCCAAAUACAGUGACACGAACACUAAACGAACAUCAACUCACCCUCUCCUAUUACAGUGACACGAACACUGAAGGAACAUCAACUCACCCUACCCAAAUACAGUGACAUGAACACUGCACAAAGAUGCAGAGAAGGCAUCAAUUUAGCAAACUAAAAAUCAGAAUCAUAACCCGUCAGUAAUCUGGUUUUCCUUAGAGCAGCAGACCGUAUGAACGCUGGGAUAAAUGAAUGUGCUGAAAUGAUGAGUUUGAUUCAAAUGUAGUCCAUGUAAAAAACAUCUUAUAGGUUUGACUAUUGUAUUUGAAGCUGCAACUAAAUUAAGUGAUAUUUUGACAGCAAACACAGAACUUUUGUAUGUCAUCACAUGGUAGGCAAAGAUUUCUGCUGCAGGGAACUCAUGAUUAUUUCAUUCUCCAGUGCAGUCAGUAUUUUUCACAGAAACAUGUUACACACAUGCGUGUGUGUGUGUGUGUGUGAUUGGGAAUAAUUUACAGCAAACAGGCUUUUUUGCCAGGUGUGUACUUGCUGUAGUUGUGAUGUUGGAUUGUUUGAGUUGUGCUUUGAGUUUUUUUAUUUUUAUUUUUAUUUUUAUUUUUUUUGGACUGAAGUACCAUACUGUCUUAAGCUUCAUGCUUUGCUCCAGGGCUUAUUACCCUGUGGCAUUUUGGUGUUUGACUCACAACCUUGAACAAAUCAUUAUAGGUCUGUUUCCAUGGUGAAAUGACAUUACUUACCGCUGUAGGGAAUGCUGACAUGCGUGUGUGAAAGUGACCUGCUUGCCUGGAGGUGUGUGGUACUUGUGUACAAGCUAUUGCCCUGAGAAACCUAUUUGGACAAAAUUGCCAAUGAAGUGUGUUUUGGGAGUGUUUUUUUUCCUUCCAAAUGUGAUGUUUUAAAUAACCCAUUUCACAACUCUUCUAUGUUAAAUCUACAGGGGAGGUUACCAAUACAUGCAUAUAAACAUGAGUUAGCUGCCAACUUUUUAAAAGGCCAAUAAGAUAUUUUAACCUGCAAGUUAUGUAUCGGCGUGGGGCGUGGCUCAAAAAGGCUUGAAUUGUACGGCUGUCAUUAAAGACUUAUCAGAAGACUGAAAUUUACACACCAGCAUCAAUCCUGUUUUCACCCACAGAAACAUCUGCCUAUACAUUAAUCAUGACAUAGUUGAGACGCUUCUGUUUUGAGAACCAGUCUUUUAGCGGGUUGGUUGGUUUGUCAAAUAGCAUUUUUUUGCAUAGAACAAUUUUGAACACCUCAGAAUUAUCUUUGUUGUGUGUUGUAAGCAAUAUGAAAGAAUUAUGGUUUCAGUCAUUUUAAUUUCUCAUGUUUCAAAGCAUCUGUUCUUCUGUAGGAAGCACAGCAAAUUGGGGGUGAUAAAUAAAAGAUUUUGUAACUUU